CGUUGCAUGGUUACAUGGGGCCAUGGCGUGUUGGAGCCUCCCUCCCUGUUUGACCACAUUUUUGAGAAACCUCCAGCUUUCCCACUGGUGCGUCUACUCUGGAUUGGCAAGCAUGGACGGUGCGUGCGCAUCUGAGGCUUGCUCCUGGAGUAGAUCUUAUCUCCCCGGCCCCAUGGCUCGCUCCACAUAAACUCUCCACCUCCCAGGCUCCGAGCACCUCGCCACCGCCGUUCUGCCUACGCCGCUGAGAUGACAACCAACAGCCCGCCCGGCCCCGGCCCCAAGCGCAAGCGCGAUUCCGAGCCCACCUCUCUCAUGUCUCUCGGCGACGACAUGCUCGCCGAGAUCCUCAGCCGCCUCCCGUCGCUGCCCUCGCUCGCCAGCGCCGCCCUCGCCAGCCCAUGGCUGUGCGGCGUCGCCUCCUCCCCUGCCGUCUUGAACCCCUUCCUUUCCCGGGCUCCGUUACUCGGCUACUUCGUGUCGGUCGCCGACGGCGCCGUCCCCGCCUUCCACCGCGCGCUCCUCCGCCGCGACCGCCACCUCGCCGCCGUCGUCCGCCGCGGCGACUUCCAUCUCACGGAUCUCGAAUACGAUGGGCGCCUCAUGGACUGCCGCCACGGCCUCAUACUCCUCAGCAGCCGCCGUCAGUUGGUGGUGUUCGACCCCGUCUCCCGCUCACGACUGCAUAUACCUAUACCCGAGAAGCACAUCUACAGCAGGUCGCUCCACUGCUUCCUGCCGGCUUGCGGCGGCGGUCCAACCUCCUUCAGCGUGCUCUCCAUGGAGAAGAAGGGUGGCAGGGUGCGCACACGCGUCUACAGCUCCCGCACGGGCGAGUGGUGCUCCCACUCGUGGGCGCCCAAAGGUAUCAAGGGACCGAGGGAAUCCAAGCUCGGCUGGCCCAUGCACGCCGGCGGGCGCAUCUAUUGGAGGAGCGUUACAGGAGAUCAGCUCACCUCGCUCGACGUCGGCGCCAUGGAGUUCUCCCACGUUGAGCUCCCGGGUAACCUGCACAAUCAGCCACGGUCGUACCCGUACGCCGUAGGGGAAACGGAGGACGGCACAACCUGCCUUGUGGCCAUGAGUCGCAAACUCGUCCUGCAGGUAUGGUUCCGCAUGGAGGAGGACAAGUCCUGGGAGCUACAGAGGCAGGUGAAUGCUUCCAGAUGGUAUCUGCCUCGAGGCCGAUUGCAGAAGGUCUGCGAUGUGACGGCCGGCGUCGUGCUCCUCUCCAUGGGCACGGAGAAUGGCGGCCUCCACCAUUAUGCCUUUCGCCUCAAGAACGUCCUCGAGGAAGGCACCACCACCACCAGGCCCGAGUUGGAGGCAGACUUCUUCAUAUUCGAUGCACGGGUGCAUCCCUAUUUCAUGGCAUGGCCACGACCCAGCCUAAAGGCUGCUGGUAGCUCUAACACGAAGAAAACAAGUCUGAAAGAUCAAGAAGCUGGUGGCUCUAAGAAGAAUAAGAAAACAAGCGUGAAAGAUCAAGAAGCUUGCAGCUCCAAGAAGAAUUAGCAAGUCGAAAGCGCUAAGGAUCUGAAUGCUUAUGCAUUGGAGUCUUCAGAUAGCACUACUGUAGUUGUUUAGCGGGUGUACUUUUGGUUCUGGCCUCCUGGGUUUGAACUGCUCAGUAAGUUUAUCCAAUUAGCCAUCUCCUGGCAUGAACAAGAACUUGUGGUCCUGUUAGUUAAGUUCCACCCACUUAUGUUAAUCCAUAUCAUGGUUUCUAGUGGUAAAGUUAUGUGAGCAUUCUGAAGAAAACUUAUGCCAAAUUC